AUGGACGCCGUCCGCUCCGCCCUCCAGCCUGUCACCCAUAACCUCCCGGCCCCGAUCCGCGACCUCGGCGUCUCCAUCAUCGGCGAGCACUGCUACAAGUCACUCCUCCUGGACAUCAACGUUGAGGAUGUAGACUGCAUCAAGCUCGGCCUAUCCAAGGGCAUCGGCCUCGGCAUCGUCGGCGUCUCGAGCAUUGUCAAGCUGCCGCAGAUCCGCAAGCUCACCUCGUCGCAGUCGGGCGAGGGCAUCUCGGUGCUGUCGUACCUCCUCGAGACGGCCUCUUACCUCGUCUCACUGGCCUACAACUACCGCAACCAGUUCCCCUUUAGCACCUACGGCGAGACGGCGCUCAUCAUGGGUCAAAAUGUCAUCAUCACCGUCUUGGUGCUCAACUAUACCGGCCGCGCGAGCCUGGCUGCCGUGUUUGUGACGGCGUUGGCCGUUGCACUGGGAACGCUGUUUGCCGGGAGCUUGGUCGAUAUGCAGACGUUGGGAUACCUGCAGGCUGGCGCGGGCGUGUUGAGCGUCGCUAGCAAGGUUCCCCAGAUCCUGGCGAUUUGGUCCGAGGGCGGCACCGGGCAGCUUAGUGCAUUCGCUGUCUUCAACUACCUCGCCGGCUCCCUCUCCCGCAUUUUCACCACACUCCAGGAGGUCGACGACAAGCUCAUCCUGUACAACUUCAUUGCCGGUUUCCUCCUCAACGCCGUCCUCGCGUCCCAGAUGGCGUACUAUUGGAACGCGCCCUCCAAGAAGGCCAAGGGCAAACAGAAAGUUCCCAUCCCUGCUGCCCCUUCCACCGGUUCCUCGUCGGCUACUUCGACGCCCGCCAAGAAGGGUCCCAGCACCCGCCGUCGCGGUUGA